GUCACGGCUUUUUGAUAGCAAAUUCUCAUGCACUAACUGUAAGUUACUUAGUCUUUCAUUACGUGUAAUACAAAGUGUACAAAAUGGAUACCGACUCAGAUCUUAUCAUACGUGGACCAAAAGAUAACUCCACCAUCCCUACAGAGUCACUGGGAAAACUUUUACUUGACGUUAUAAAAUCUUCAAACAAGGAUAAAGCGAUAUUUAUAAAUGGACUUACUGGCGAAUGCAUGACCAACGGAGAUCUAAUGGAAAAAUCGAUCAAAUUGUGUAAAUUUUUGGAAAGUGGUAUGAAUUUAAAGAAAGGAGACGUGAUGACAAUUGUAUCUGAUAACAAUCUGUGGUAUCCAGUUAUAUUUUUGGCCGGUUUCGCUACUGGAAUUGUCGUAAAUGUGAUCAAUCCUGUUUAUACAAUUGGUGAACUUCAUCGUCUUCUCAAUCUGGCCGAUCCAAAAUUAAUUUUCUGUUCAAAGGAAGCCUUAAAGUCGAUCAAACAAGUAUCAAAAUCUGUAGAAUCAGUACAGAAAGUUAUUGUCUUAACUGAAUCGUCGUAUGACCAAAUUCCAAGUAUCGGGGAAGUUUUGGAACAAACAAAGGUUGACGUAAAUAAUUUCAAACCAAUCGACAUAGACGUGGAAAACGAUACAGCAAUAAUUCUGUGCUCUUCAGGCUCUACUGGGUUCCCUAAAGGGGUGGAAAUAACUCAUAAAAAUAUCAGGGGCUCUAUUAUAUACAUGUAUGAUCCGGUCUAUGCAGAAAUUUCGUCCGAUGUGACCAGCUUAAUUUUGUUACCGAUGUACCACAUAGUAGGAACACUCGGUACAAUCCUUGCCAUUUACUCAAAUUGCUUAACUGUAGUCCUAAACGCAUUCAAGCCUCAAUUGUUCUUGGAAACUAUUGAGAAAUACAAAAUAAGAUUCUUAUCUUUGGUACCAACUGUUCUACAAUUUAUAGCCAAAGGUGAUUUGGUACCACAGUAUAAUUUGGACUCUUUAAACUAUAUUUAUUCAAGUGGAUACAAACUAGACAAGGAAAUCGAAGAUGGUUUAAAAAAAAGGCUGAAAAAUCUUAAGAGAGUCUGCCAAAUAUAUGGAGCAACAGAGCUAGCAGGUGGUUGUACCAUGCAGUUGUUGUCGAGAUCCGAUAUAGGGGGUUGCGGUGUUCUGGUGCAUGGUUAUUCAGCAAAAGUGUGCCACUUAAAGACGGGGGAAGCCCUCAAAAGGGGAGAGACAGGAGAGAUCCGCGUUAAAGGGCCUGGUAUAAUGAAAGGAUAUAUUAAAAACGAAGCAGAAACAAAAGCCAGUUUUGACAAUGAAGGGUUUUGGAAAACCGGGGAUAUUGGAUACUUCGAUGAACACGGUGCCCUUCAUAUUGUUGAUAGACUGAAAGAACUUAUCAAAUAUAAAGGAUUCCAAGUACUUCUCCGUUAUCAAACUAUACAGAAGGUAACUAGUUUUUUGUUUAAGGUCGCACCCUCGGAAUUAGAAAGUAUUUUAAAUUCUCAUCCGUCGGUGGUAGAAGCGGCUGUGGUUGGAAUAACCGAUGAUAGAGUAGGAGAACUUCCAACCGCGUUUGUGGUAAAGGAUGAAAAUUGUUCAGUAACAGAAAAAGAUAUUAGCGAUUUUGUAGCCGACAGAGUUUCGAUACAAAAAAGACUUCAUGGAGGAGUGAAAUUCGUUAAAGAGCUUCCCAAAAGUCAAAAUGGAAAAGUUCUCAGAAAAACGUUAAGAGAAAUGGCAAAGUAAAAGAAUGAGAGUAUUUUUUGUAGUUUAAUAAAGAAUAGUAAGAUGGA